AGGGGCCGCGGGGGGUGGAUUGGGGGAAGGAGGGGGGUCGUCGCACAGUGACAGCGUGAGGAGCAUGAUGACGGGGGGCAUUAAAGCCGGCAGGUGGCAGACAGUACAAAGCCGCCUGCAUUCAGGAGACUUCAAGAACGGCAAUUUGUCCGACCACGCACUUUCCUCGGGAGAGACCUUGGACAACAUCCCGUCGAUGGGGGCAACACCUCGGCCCCGCACGCUGCUGCGUCAGCAGAGCCUCCAGCAACCCUUGAUCCAGGCUCCAGCCCCAAGUUUGGCCAGCGGGCCGCCCAUCUCCCAGAGUCUGGGUCAGCUGCACACCCACCCGGGUAGUGGAGGGGGUGGAGGUGCGGGGCCUGGGGGAGGGGGCGGGGCCAGCUCAAGGAGUUCCAGGGGUGGCCCAGCAGGUGGCGGAGCUUCACGUUAUAGGCCAGGAGGUGCCGGGGGGCAGGCUUCUGAUGGGAACCCUGGCAGUGUGGAUCACAUGAUGGGUCAGAUGAAGAAACGGGGCCUGGACGUUAAAUCCUUCCUGGAAGGAAAAAUGGUGGUUCUCUCUCUCGCGAUUGGAUUGGCCGAGCAGGAUGACUUUGCCAAUCUGCCAGACCUACAGGAAGUACCGACCAGUCAAGAAACCCCUCCUGACAAGAGUAGGAAUAUGGGGAAUAAGCCAGUUAACAGUCCUAAGGGUCACCCGCCAGACGCCGAUGGCCAUUCCUCAGUGACUGACCUUGCCAACUCCCUCACUGGAGACAUGGUGAUGUUGUCUCCGGGGUCAGAAGACGAUGAUCACGAGGGCCCCGUGAGCGAGAAACUGGGCAGGAUUCAGUUCAGCUUGGGCUACAGCUUCCAAGACACGACUCUGACGGUGAAGAUACUCAAAGGUCAAGACCUGCCCGCUAAAGACUUCUCUGGGACGUCCGACCCCUUCGUCAAAAUCUACCUGCUGCCUGACAGAAAGCACAAACUCGAGACCAAAAUCAAGAGGAAAAAUCUCAACCCUCACUGGAACGAAACCUUCCUGUUUGAAGGGUUCCCGUAUGAGAAGGUGCGUGAACGAACGCUGUAUCUCCAGGUGCUGGAUUACGAUCGGUUCAGCCGUAACGACCCGAUCGGAGAGGUCUCGAUUCCUCUGAAUAAAGUGGAGCUCGGACAGCUGAAGACGUUCUGGAAGGAUCUCAAACCCUGCAGUGAUGGCAGCGGAAGUCGUGGAGAUCUGCUGUUGUCUCUGUGUUAUAACCCCACUGCCAACACCAUCACUGUUAACAUCAUAAAAGCUCGCAACCUCAAAGCCAUGGACAUCGGGGGCGCCUCAGACCCGUAUGUAAAAGUAUGGCUAAUGCACAAAGACAAGCGAGUGGAGAAGAAGAAGACAGUCACCAUCAAACGCUGCCUGAACCCCAUCUUUAACGAGUCCUUCCCUUUUGACGUGCCCGCACAUGUUCUCCGAGAGACCACCAUCAUCAUCACGGUCAUGGACAAGGAUCGACUGAGCCGCAAUGAUGUCAUUGGAAAGAUCUACUUGUCAUGGAAGAGCGGUCCUGCCGAGGUCAAACACUGGAAGGAUAUGUUGAGCCGGCCACGCACAAACGUGGCACAGUGGCACACCCUCAAAGCCUGAUUCGCCCUCUCCAUUGACCACCCAACCCCCCCGAACCCCCUUUGACCCGAAACCCCGUCCUUAUGCACAAGACUAACUUGCUGCCAGACGGCACAACACGGGUACUAUUAGCCAUCCACUCUUGUAACCUUUAACCUAUGAGCUUCUCUCUCCACUUUGGUCUUCAUUUACUCUGGUAACCUGUAGUCCAAAUGCCUGCUUAUUAGCUAAUUACGCCAACGGUUCUUUUGUGCAUUAGCAUCCGCUCUGGACUCUGGGAUAGUCGCUAAAUCCAACAAAGCCAUUUAAAGAUGCUCUGAGAGCGUUCGCGCCGCAACUACACGUUACCAGGAUGCCGUUUCCUUCCUGUUUUGUUUUUAUAGCCCUAUUCCCCUGUGUUCCUCAGGCUGGAGAGGUCUGACAUCUUUAGGAUGUGUGAAUGCAUCAGCUGGGCCCCGUCCCCCGUCUCAUCAAACCUCGCGUCUAGACCCGGAGGCUCAUGGGAGCUCAUUUGGCAGCCUUUAAAUUGGCCACUGCUGAAACGGAUAGAGUCGCAGGAACUCUGGGAGUUGUAUUUUUCCAGGUCUCAGACGUCCCGUGCGAGUAAUUAAAGCCAUGAGGGCAAACGAGACGCCCUCUUUCCAUUAGCAGCCCCUCGGUUGUUUAAGUCUCCAUUUAUAGUUGUUUUUCUCGCAAUCCCUGACCUCUCUAAGCUUUUUUCCGUGUCUUUCCCACUUGACCUGAUUUUCCGUAUCUUUGUUCCUUCCUUCUUGCUCUCUCUCUCUCUCUCUCUCUCUCUCUCUCUCUCUCUCUAUCUAUGCUCUCUUUUGUCUUCUAAGUAAACAGCUCCGAUUGGUUCAGCUGAAAGCUGCAGACAUUGAAACCUUACACCAUCUGGAGACUUAAAGACAGCAAAAUUAACUCCAUCCUAGUCUCUUUUGCUUUUUUUCUCUGUGGUUUCUCUUUAUCGCUGGCACAGUAGUAGUGAAGUCCCUCUUUUUCUCGGGAUUGUCGUCUGUGUGCUGUGAGUGACGUGUCGUAUAUCCAACCGAAAUAUCAUAAAAAAACACUAACCACCAGGAUGGAAAAAGAAAACGACUUUCUUGAAGGAUCGUUCCAGGUCUUCUGGGAUGGAAUCCGGAUGAAAGAAAAAAAAGUACACGCAUACAAAAAAAAUCUUGAUGUCAUCUAUUUUUCAUCAAAAGGACAUUUGAAGAAACCAAUCAGAAUUGUUCUUCCAGAUUUGCUGUGAAAUAUAGAAGCAAAAAGUUGAUUUUGCGCCCAGGUGCGCUGGGAUAGUUCUCGCCACACUUUGCUCUAGUGACGUGUUUCUUUGUGUGUGUAUGUGUGUGUGUCUGCGCGCAGAUAGGGGCUCAUAUUUUACAGAAACCCUCCAGUUAACGGAAAAACCUGCCUUUACCCGUGUAUGUGUGUGUAUGAGACCGUUUCAGGACGUAGUGGGGAUGAAACUCACGGAAACAUGACAUGGUCACGAUUUAUCCCAAAAAUCAACAGAAAAAAAACACCAAAUUUUAUUUUGAAUAAAGAAAAUGUAUUGAAAAAUGUAAAGAAAAUUUAUUGUGAUAUUAUUUUCAUGAAAAACACAUUUACCUCCAAAUGCUCAUACUAUAAAUAACU